AUGAUGAAGCAGGAGUCGUGGAUGGAGGUGCUGCCGGUGCCGCCGGCGCCCUACUUCGCCGGCCAAGCGGGCGGCUGGUUCCUGCAGGACCAGCGGGGCACCGGCGGCGUCGGCGGCGGGGCGUGGUCGCCGGCGGAGAACAAGCAGUUCGAGGAGGCGCUCGCGCGGGUCGACGGGGACGCGCCGGACCGGUGGGAGCGGGUGGCGGCGCUGCUGCCCGGCAAGACGGUGGCCGACGUCAUGCGGCAGUACGACGACCUCGAGAACGACGUCUGCUUCAUCGAGGCCGGCCUCGUCCCCUUCCCCCACUACAACGCCAACGCCCCGGCCUCCGGGUUCACCCUCGACUGGGACGGCGGCGGCGACCUGGCGUUCAAGCGCUCCUGCUACAUGGCGGCGGGCGGCAACGGCAAGCGCGGGCGCGGCGCGGACCAGGAGCGCAAGAAGGGCGUGCCCUGGACGGAGGAGGAGCACAAGCUCUUCUUGAUGGGCCUGAAGAAGUACGGGCGCGGGGACUGGCGGAACAUCUCGCGCAACUACGUGACGAGCCGGACGCCGACGCAGGUGGCCAGCCACGCGCAGAAGUACUUCAUCCGGCUCAACUCCGGCGGCAAGGACAAGCGCCGCUCCAGCAUCCACGACAUCACCACCGUCAACAUUCCCGACGACGACCACGCCAGCAACACCAACCCCUCGCCCUCGCCGCCCUCCGCGCUCACCGCCACCUCCUCCGCCCCGGAGCAGUUCGGCGCGCUCGCCGACAGCAAGCCGCCGCCGCCUCUGGGCGGGCACCACCACUUCAUGCCGGCCCACCUCUACGGCAGCGUGAAGCUGGAGGCCAGCAAUAACGGCUACCACGGCGACUCUGCUCUGAUGCAGAUGCAUCAAUGCGGCCAGCUCCAGCCUCUGGGUUGA